GCAUGGACGCUGCACCCCGCUUCCCGCUGGACUCAGUCGCCCUGCAGGUGGAGACCGAGGUGAGGCCCGCUCCGUUCCGAUGCUGUUGCGUCGGGGCAGCGCCCGUGUUUUGUUUCCACACACGCCUGCGACGUUGAUGUCCUCCUUCCGUUGGUUAGACUAUCCUGCCCCUUCGCCGGCGCAUCCACUCGUCACGCUUUGAUCCCUUCUCUGAAGUCGAGGCCGUUGCAACCAAGUCCCACCCCUCCAAGGACACAGAUGGAUGCUCUGAGCCAGUAAACGGCCAAGUCGUGCUGUUAUCUCUGCCCGGCAUGCCUAUGUCUUCGACCGCUGCCCUCUCCUCGCGAAGCGGCAUGCCUCCUUCUAAUGCCGCUAGUAGAGCAAUGAGACCAGCUCAACCACCGCCUACAUCCACUUCGGACCGAGCCAGAAGCUCGACUGCCACUUCAGCGUCAUCAUCGAGGGCAACGUCAGCCGGAGCAAGCGCCAGUAGCAGCUCCACUGUCCCUGCCAAGCGACCGAUUGCCUCAGUCCGGACUCAGAGCUCUACCACUACCUCCACCAAGAGGCCCCAUGCAGACUCCAGACCAGGCUCUGCAAGCUCGAGUCGUCAUGCUAGUGUCGCGAAGGAGCCCACUGCGUCGCGCACAGCAGAGCGAUCCCGCUCAAAGACACCCGUACCCUCCUCUAUUCAAGCAAGCCGAGAACGAGCAGCACGAGAUCGCGAGAUGAGCCUAGAUGAGCUCGCACAAGGCCUUCCAACCCAGAGCAGUCUGCGCUCCUCGCCAUUCAAGCGGCCUGCCGUGGUCGAUCCAUCAGAGAGAAGGCGACAAGUCUUCCGGCAGAUCAAGGUCGACCUGCAAAGAUCCGAGAGGGAUGGCAUCAGCAUCUUUCCUGCCAUCCCUGCCAGCCCCGCAGAAGCUCGAUCCCUACAGAGGCGUCUUUUUGGCCUCGUAGAAUGCUACUUGGAUCCGAGCCUUGGAGACUUGACGUCUGCCUCCUUCUACUCCUUCCUCUUUCUCACGCUCUUCCCGCAAAGCGUAGAUGCUCGUCGUCUUAGAGCCAAGUGUCUCUUGCUCGCAGGCCAAGGAGCCAUCUUCCCAUUGUUGCAAGAAAGAAGUCAAAGAGGAGGAGCUGUCGCUGCCCUGGCUAUUCUUGAGCAGGGGCCAGUAGAUAUCUUCGGCGACCUUGGAUGCGCUCAGAUCUGGAGUGAGGCUUGCAAAGCGCUAGGCAGACGCAGUGAGGCUGAAGAGGUACUGGCUUGGUGUCUGCAGAAUGCUACAAUCUCUUCGUCUUCCCAGCCUGCUCUUCCUGAGGAAGAGAUGCCAGAGCUGGUUGGACUCGAUGACAGGAAGGCCGCAGCGGGCCUCACUCAGCUCGGUUACCUACAGAAAGAUGCUAAGCAGCUCGAAGCAGCAACACAUCACUUCAUGGAGGCCCGAAAGAGGGAUCCGUGGAAUUGGGGAGCCUGGGUUGGACUAUGCGAACUUGACACUGCUCCCGAGGCCAAGGACGCAUUCGCUUCCUCACAGAUAAGACACGCACCUACUGACUUUCUAGAUGCAGUGAUGAUCUCCCUUGGAGGCAUACCGACCUCUGAAAGCGAUCUGGACAACACAAUGACAGGCGCAACCUCGCGGACAGUUGCACCAGUCCCACAGCUCAAGAACGGGGAAGCAUCGUCAGCGCGCACCUCGGCACUUACCUCACAGACUGCUCAGCGGCCAGGAUCGCGUCCGACCACAACUGCUGGAUCUGGAACAGCGAACGGCGUAGCUACCGCCAAGCGUACCAAGGCGACUCCAACUACCACUACAGGAAGUAAGAGGCCCGUUUUCGGCCCAGGAAGUGCAGCUGCUGCCUUUGGUAUUGAAGGCGGAGGUACCGAGGCACAACGCUCAACCACUGUGACUAGCCGCGGUCCUAAGCCGACGACGAUGAACCGUACGUUGUCCCAAGCGCGGACCAAUGAGCGGCCCCCUUCGAGUCUGAGCAGCGGAAGUCGGUCGACUGUCUCAGAGAAGGAGAAGCCACAGCAGCUCAAGGACACCUCGCUUAGCGUCAGUCGAGACAGUCUGCGGAGGAGCACGAGGACCGAUGAAUGUGCUAGAGGACCAUCUGCCGAGGAUCCUGUUGCUGAUGAGGCAGUUGCAGCUUCGUAGGAUGGGACUGUACAAGAAAAGGAGGAUAAAGGGUUUCAUCAGAAUUCGGCCACCGCCUUCCCGGAAGCUUCUUCUUGAGCAAGAUGUCGACCUUUGUGGACAAAACCUUGAAGGAAGAGUUGCUCCCAUCGAUGUCGUCGUGCAGCU